AUGUCAGUCACAUCCACACCACCAAAAUCGACAUCAAAACUACCCCCUGACUCCUCUCCCUCCGGCAGUUAUAGACGGUCGCCUUCAGUCUCGGAGACUAUCCAAAAGUACGAGUCAAGAAAUACUCCACCGACCGAAAGAAGACCUUCGGUACCUACCCCUAGACGCUCUGGCAUCCCCUCGCUUGUCGGAUCAAACCCUUCGGGAUCUCCUAGAAGUACUUCCAUCGCGGGACCGUCUAGGAAUGGAUCAAUGUCAGCGGUGAAGACUGACACUUCGAGAAGGGCUAGCGGUGCUGGACUAAGAUCACCUGGAAAGGUUCAAGAGACUAGGAGAGUCUUAGCAGCUUCACCCAGUUCCAUUCCUCGACCGUCCAUCUCCAAUACCAGCUCAUCAAGUUCUGUGCCCCGUUCAUCCUCUGCUUCUCGUCAGGCAGACCGUUCCCCUUCUCAUACCAAAACAACAUCCAAACCGUUCCCAAACUCGUCAAUACCUCGAUCCACAUCCGACACAUUCUACAUUUCACCACGCUCUGUCGCCGGACCUUCUCGCUUGACCCCAAAUGAAACGUCCUCUUCUCAAGCUAGUCCAGUAAAACCCCCGCUUCGACGCAAACCUCCAAAAGCAGACUUGACGAAUACAUUCCCUCCUGUCCGGAAGAAGGCUUCCCUCUCAUCGCUGUCUUCCAUGCACGCUGGAGAAGGCGAAGACAGGGGAGAUCAAACCACCCCUGUGGCCGCAGCAAUGACUCGAGCGGAUAAGGAAUCAAGCCACAAAGAUGCAGGUUCUGGUUCCAGUCAUGGAUCACCUAACAAGCAUGUGGGUAUCAUCAUCCCCACCAGAAGAUCUUCUAACAAUCCCAGUACGCCAAGUUCCCCUCAAUCAGCUGGUCCGCAUCCCAUAUCCCCUCGAACCACUUCAAGAGAGCUCCCCAGUCCGACAAUGCCAAAUCCUCGGCGGAUGUCGCGAAAUCUGGGUGACACAGGCCCAGUGAUUGAUUCAAGAAGGUCGUUGGAUGGGUUAGUGCGUAAUUCAUUAGCUGGUCAAGCUCCCUUAACAACAGGCCUUCAUCGAACGUCGUCCUCCACCUCACAAGCCAUCUCUCGAUCGUCCUCUUCUCCAUCGCCAAAAGGUCAUACGACGGAUGGUAGAGCAGCAGAUUCACCGCGGAGGUCACCCAACUUGGUGAUACAAACCCCACCUUCCUUUCUCAACUCUCGUCUCUCAUCCGCCUCGACGAUUGUCCAACCAAGCCCUCCUGUUCCAGCAAAAUCACCUCUGAGGGGGUUGAGCAGGGAGAAUUCCGAGCAACCCCGCACGCAAACAAUUCGGUCCGCAUCAGGUGAAUUGGCUCAAGCAACUACGCCAACGAUACAAUCAAGAUUGGAGGAAGAGCACUCGUCAAAACCUUUUCAGGAUCUAAAUCGCUCCACCAACUUUACCGUUCCAUCUGUCUACUCGCAGGAUUCAGCUCCUCCUACUGCUACCAGCUGGGCUCACGAUUCCAGGUCUAGUCGCUCUUCGUCCCUCCCUCGACUGAGUGUUACCGAUAAAGCGUUGCCAUACACUCCCGACGACCCUCUCGCGACCCUCUCGACCCCUGACCACCCUACAUCGCCAGCAAAGUCACCUUCUCUGCCAUUUCUACGGAGUCACCCCUCGGUUCACUCUCCUUCUAUACUUCCAAACCUCAACGGUGAAAGACCCUUACGACCACUACUACCUACAUCUCCAUCGAUUGUCAUGUCGAAACGAUCCCACCUGAUCCGAGAGAUCGCUUCCAGUGAGAGAUCAUAUGCCAAAGAUCUCGCUUUGGUCAGAGACGCGUACAUGUACCGAUUCCUUCGACCAAUCUCCCAAUCCUCUACUGUCGACUCUGUGAGCCCAGGGAGCGCCAGCGACGCGUCGAGAAGGAGCUCAACGUACACGUAUCAAACAGCAGAAACCAAGCGGUCAAGCGGUCACGACUCGGCAAAUUGGAUCUACCCUGGUAAUGGGACCACAACGCCAUUGCCAAAGAGCCCUUCGGACGGAUAUAAUCUAGGUUACUUUUCCACCCCUGGUAGUUCUGGUUCUUCUCUUCAGAAGACACCUCAGCCGUCGUUCAAGCACCACAAAAGGUCUUCAAGCAGUAUACCCUCAAUGCCACCGCCAGUGGGAAAGCCGUUAUCACCAGCAGAUCUGAAAACGAUAUUCUUGAACCUCGAUCAGCUGGCAAGCGCGUCGGAAGAACUAGCCACGGCGUUUGAACGAGCCAUGGGGGAGGAAGGUGUCAUGGGCAGAGAUGGAGAAGCUGGAGGGGAUACAUUCGGACAUGUUUUCGUAUCAAUAUCUGAUCCUGCUUACAACGCACACCUCAAAGAAUGCUGGUUGUCAAUCAAAGACCACACGCAUGGAUGGAAUCUCGAUUCGAUGUUGAUCAAACCUGUUCAGAGGAUCACCAAAUACCCACUUUUAUUCGAAGAUUUACUCUCAAGCACCACACCUGUUCACCCUGACUACUUUGCGAUACGCACAGCUGCGCAAAUGUCAAAGGCCAUUGCCAUGGAGAUUGACGACGCGAAGAGGAGAAAAGAUGUCGUGUCAAAUGCGAUCAGUUCUAACAAGACGACGACGCUGAACACUUCACCCAAGGAGACCAAACAGUCUUCGUCGAAGCUUCUCGGCUUGAAACGGUUCAGAAAAGAUAAAGAUACCUCCUCGGUUUUGUCGAACAAGAGCGUGUCUAGCACGGAGCUCAGUGUCCCGCCUGUGAUACCUGAAUCAUCACUCAGCGCGUUGAAGGAUUUGGCUACCAAAGUGGACGAGCUUGAUCAGUGUGUCAAGAGAGUUGGAAAGGAGGUCAUCCUAUGGACCGCUGGAGCGAGAGAAGUGCUGAACGCGCAGGAUGGGAUGAUGAGAACUUGGUUAAGGGUGGUUCAGCUUGAGCCUACGGAUCCUACAGAUAGAAGGAUGCUGGAGUUUAGAAAGAUUAUUGACGGUAUCGUGCAGGAUGCGUGGAAGGAGCUGAUCAUGCCGAUAUUCGCUAAGCUGCUUGAAUCAACGUCCAACCCGAGAAAGGUCAUCGCCAAGCGAGACUCGAGGUUUAUCGAUUACGGUCGCUACCAUACACUUCGAGCAUCUAAAAAGACAAUUGACAAGGGCGUUACGCAAUCAGCGGCGGAAUUUGUAGCUCUACACACUCAGCUCGUUGACGAACUGCCCGCCUUCCUCGAAGGGUGCUUGAGGAUACUCGAUAUCGCACUGGUUGGUUUCGCCAAAGCACAGGCAAAAUAUCAUCUCGGGAUUAAGGAACAACUGGCUGUGUUUGAGGAAGCUUGGGUACAGUUGCCCCUCAGUCCAAAGGUGGAGAAGACACCGACCGAUACCGCAACCUACAGAGGGAUCAUCAAAUCGUGGCAUGAUACUUGGAUGCCUUAUGCCGAAGCGAUGGAUCAUUUCUCGUGUACCAGGCCAGGCAGUCGACCUGGCUCACGAUCCAACAGCCCCAUGUUUGGACAUAGUCUGCGACACUCUGCAUCCGUCACCUCACCGACAUCCCUCUCCGGCAGCAGACCAUCGAGUCCAGCGCAAAGCGGUCGAUUCAGAUCAUCAUCACUUCGAAGUCAAACAACACCUUCUGUCAUCACUGUUACAUCGCCCAAAGACCCUCAGUCGUCCCGAUUCAGUCUACUCCGUCGAUCCAACUCCAAGACGAAUGUGCCUAAAUCUGCCGGACCCCCUUUAUCCCCACAACACUCUGGACUCAAACCUUCCUCCGCGUCGAUGAUAUCAGACACAUCCAGUCGGCUCUCCUGGGGACUACCUAGGAUAUCGGCUGAUCCAACCAAGCCAAUGUUCGAUGGGCUGGGUCUAUCACCUACCAAGCCUACCACAAUGAUUGCAGCGGACCACGCACGCGCCACGUCCGACCCAUCUCCAUCCAACAUUUAUAGUGUGGAUCUCAACUCUUCCCAAGUGUCGCUCGCGUCUACCCAUACUCCUCAGCCAGUCGGAUUAGGUCUUGGAGAUGUGUCCACGUUGACCAACCAGGCUAAACAUCCUUUCGCAAGGAUACCUACCUCGCCUAAAGUUAGGCAACGGUCGGAUGAAGUGGACGCUGCGGAAGGGUGGAGAAAUGAGCAAGUCAUCUACCAAUGUGCCUGUGUUGCGGACUUUGAUCCGCCGGAACUGGGAGAUAGAAAGUACAGAGGUUUGAAGUUCUUACCCAUGGUAUUGGGUGAUCUGAUCGAUUUCCUGGAGCCAUUAAGGGAUUAG